AUGGCGGAGGCAAAACCAGCAAGCAGUACAAUGGCGAGCCUAAUUUGCCUUUCAUCAUCAUUCCGGCUCCACUCACCCAGCCUCAAUUGUAUCCGCCUACGUUGUAUCUUCGACAUAUUCGACAAGAACAGAGACGGCAUGAUCUCAGUGGAAGAGCUAAGUCUAGCCCUAGAACUGCUUGGCUUGGAAGCCGAACCCACCGAGAUUGAUUCCAUGGUGCGCUCCUAUAUAAGGCUUGGCAACAUUGGCCUCGGCGUCAAAGACUUCGAAGCCUUGCACCAGUCGCUCGACGAUACCUUCUUUGGGAACAACGACAAGGAGUCGGGACCACAAUAUGGUGGUGACGGUGGCUCCAGUAGCCCUGUUUCGUCGUUGUCGUCGUCGCAGGAAGAGUCAGAUUUGACAGAGGCCUUCAAGGUGUUUGACGAGGAUGGUGAUGGCUUCGUCUCGGUCAUGGAGUUGCAGGUGGUCCUGAGGAAGCUAGGGCUGCCCGAAGGGGGAGACAUCGGUCGAGUUGAACGGAUGAUCUUCUCCGUUGACCAUAAUCAGGACGGCCGCGUUGAUUUCUAUGAAUUCAAGGACAUUAUGCACAGUGUCAUGGUUUGA